GCGGGACUUCGCGGCACACCGUGUAAACUACUGUUGAAAUUCCGACGCUAACUAACUUCCCCGCCGUGUGCAAACACGUAAAAAGGGCAAAAGUAAAAUCCCGGGCUGAAAAGCGUGAGUGAUAUCCAGCGCUUAACAAACGGGCUCGUGUAUGUAUUUUUUUGACUUUGAUGUUUGCUAGUGCGCGUGUGUCGCCCACUGCAACCAGGACAUGUCCAGUUAGCAGCAGUGGUUGGUGGAUAAUAUCAACGAACCUGGCGAGCUAAACCCGUCUGGAGCAGGGCUUUUUUAACAGCUUUUCCUCGGAUGCUGUGGCUACCAUGAGUCCCGCGGGCUGCCCCCACGUUAAUGGCUUCAAAGUGGACAACUGGAAGCAGAACCUGAGGCUCAUUUAUCAGUGUUUCGUGUGGAGCGGCUCAGCCGAGACCAGAAAACGCAAGGCCAAGUCAUGCAUCUGUCACAUGUGUGGUGCCCACCUCAACAGACUCCACUCCUGCCUCUACUGCGUCUUCUUCGCCUGUUUUGCCAAAAAACAUAUCCACGAACAUGCCAAGAGCAAGAGGCAUAACCUAGCUAUUGACCUGCUGUAUGGGGGAAUUUACUGCUUCAUGUGCCAAGACUACAUUUAUGACAAGGAGAUGGAACAAAUUGCCAAAGAGGAGCAAAGGAAAGCCUGGAAAAUGCAAGGCAUAGGGGAGAAGUACUCAACGUGGGAGCCCACCAAGAGGGAGCUGGAGCUGCUUCGCCACAAUCCCAAGAGGAGGAGAAUCACCUCCAACUGUACAAUCGGCCUUCGUGGGCUGAUAAACCUCGGCAACACAUGCUUUAUGAACUGCAUCGUCCAGGCGCUGACACACACUCCACUGUUGCGCGACUUCUUCCUGUCCGACCGACACAAAUGUGAGAUGCAGAGCAACUCCUGCUUGGUGUGUGAGAUGUCACAGCUCUUCCAGGAGUUCUACUCAGGCCACCGCUCGCCUCACAUCCCGUUCCGCCUCCUCCACCUGGUGUGGACUCACGCCCGGCACCUGGCGGGCUACGAGCAGCAGGACGCCCACGAGUUCCUGAUCGCAGCGCUGGACGUCCUGCACAGACACUGCAAAGAUGACAACGGGAAGAAAGCCAACAACCCAAACCACUGUAACUGCAUCAUCGACCAAAUCUUCACAGGGGGCCUGCAGUCUGACGUCACCUGCCAAGUCUGCCACGGUGUCUCGACGACAAUAGAUCCGUUCUGGGACAUCAGCCUGGACCUGCCAGGCUCCUCCACGCCGUUCUGGCCCCUCAGCCCCGGAGGAGACGGUUCGGCACUGAACGGAGAGAGUCACACCACUGGAGCCACGACGCUCACAGACUGUCUGCGCAGGUUCACCAGACCAGAGCACCUCGGCAGCAGUGCCAAGAUCAAGUGCAGCGGUUGCCAUAGUUACCAGGAGUCCACCAAGCAGCUGACGAUGAAGAAAUUGCCCAUUGUGGCUUGCUUUCACCUCAAAAGGUUCGAACAUUCGGCCAAAUUACGGCGGAAGAUCACGACUUACGUUUCCUUCCCGCUGGAGCUCGACAUGACCCCCUUCAUGGCCUCCAGUAAAGAGAGUCGGAUGAACGGGCAGUACCAGCAGACCGUGGAACCAUUCAACAAUGACAACAAGUACAGUCUGUUCGCGGUGGUGAACCACCAGGGGACACUAGAGAGCGGCCACUACACCACCUUCAUCCGGCAGCACAAGGACCAGUGGUUCAAGUGUGACGACGCCAUCAUCACCAAGGCGAGCAUCAAGGACGUGCUGGACAGCGAAGGGUACCUGUUGUUUUACCACAAACAGUUCCUGGAGUAUGAAUAGUUUACCGCCUGCAGGAGGAGCGGAAGCAUGACACCAGGAUUAGUUGCAUGGAAGAAAAAAAAGGUAAUACAAACAAAAAAAGAAAACAAGCGAGGAGGGAGGCGAGGACACCUCAACACCCCCCUACCUUGGUCACUCUGAAAAGGAACGACCCGCCCCACACGAUAAACUAGAUCCACGGUCUGCCGUACAGGAUAAAGCAAAACACAAGGACUUACGCAAAAAUGCUUGAAAUACAGACAGCAGGUUUGUAAACUGAGUGAAAGUUUCACUUGAAUUCAGGGCAUAAAGAAGAAAGAAGCUGAGAUAGUGUGCUUCCCUCCAGAUGAUAGAGGAACUACAUUCUUCAGCCAUGAGGCGCAGGCAUGAAAGCUGAGGUAGUUUUACUUGAUCCCAAAGCUCUCCGUCACCCACGUCUCGCUUCUUGCUUGCACAGCUGCAUAUAGUAACAUCCAGGGGUGCGCAGAAGCCGAGCCUCAGCUUCCUACCGGAGUGUAGAGCUCUGCUUCUGCAGAGAAAGUUGUUUUGUUUGUUUUUGUCUUCUCACUGUACCUGCAAGGAUUCAAAACUCUGGAAGCAAACACAUUUGUCUUUCACACCCACACUCUCCGCUCCAAAAGACCAAAUAUUUCCAGUGAAAGUUGUUUGAUUUAAGCUUUAUUUGUGAGCCUAUCGGGGCGGGGGUGUAGAAGCGACGAAGUUUGUUCCAUUUUAAAAUUUGUGAGUCUGUGGUUGUCACGUAGGUACUUUAAAAUAAACAAAAAAAAACACACAAAAAAAAACAUUUUCCUCCGAAGAGAAAAAAACAAAUGGACGUGGCAGAUGUGUUUGUGUUCUGCCUCUCCUCCUUCCAGCUUCCAAAACUCAGAGGGGAAAUUGAAAACACAGUGAAUAUUAUAUUUUUAUACAUCUUGCAAUUAAAAUGUUUACGGUUUUUCAUUUUCGUAAACUCUCACGUUGUUCGUUUGUGUUAAAUUGUGCCGUCAAUCAUGAUUUUUGUACACGGAAUGCAAAGUAGAGAAGAAAAAAAGAAAAGAG